UUUAUAGGUAAGACAAACAGCUUAGAUUUGCCGUCAACCGGACUGAUAGUUGUGAAGAAAAGAGGAGGACAUAAUAUAUUCUCUAUAACUGUCUAACUCCAUGGGAUAUUACACUGGCAAUUAGAAUCGAGAAGGCCUUUCCAGUAAUACUAAUUUGAAAUCCAAUCCGGACUUCAACAUGUCAUCUGGAAGCUACUGGAUAUGUCUCCCUCCUAAGUUAUAGGACUAUGGAAAUAAGCGAAAAAUUGAAUGUAAUAUUUGAAAGAAGGAAGAUUUUUAUUGAUGGUUCUCAAUAAAAUCAGUCACUAUGUCACUAUGAUAACUAAUCUGUCGUUAUGAGUAAUUGUUUUGGUCUACGUUUUGAUGUCGACUUUCAGAUGAAAAAUUUACCGUCAAACACAUAUUUUAUUUUUUAAUACCAUUUGCCGUACACAUUUACCAGAUCAAGGGAAUGUGGUGGAUGGGACAAUAAAUCAUAUCGUACCGUAGUUAAUUUCUCUAUAACAAUAUCAGUUAAAGAGGCAGGUGUGUUAUCGUGAUGAAACAAAACUUUUUUCUUAAUAUUGGUAUCAAUUAGCAUAAUUUGGUCAAUUAUAGCUUGUCUCCUUUUCCAAGUAAUCUAAAAAUUUACACCUUCUGAAUACCAAAAGACACUAGACAUGACCUUACCAACACGUUUCUCUGAUGAACUCCAUUGCUUCAAUUCCAAUGAAGGGUCAUGGUAUAAUGAUGUAUCAUCUAAAACUUCCUUUAAAUGUUUAAUGCGAGUGAACUUUUAAUUAGCAUUAAGGAUUCAUCCUCCGUAUAAUUAGGAAUAAUGUUGGUAAUACCCUGAAUAACCAGCAGCAUAUUCAAUAGUUGUUUAGGCUGCAAUCCAUUUCUUUUGGCUAUGAAGGAGAAGAAAAAAGCAAAUAGAUCAAAGAAUCAGAAAAUUGAAGCCGUAAACAAUAAUAGAUAAUUGCAAACUCCUAAACAUAAAUUGAAAAAAGCCAGUGAUAAUCCUAAACUACAAUCUAUCAUUCUACAAAAACAGCUCUAAUUAAUAAAGUUGAAAACCAUUUAGAAUUUAGAUGACAAGAAUUAUGGAACUAAGGAAAUUAAAUUUCCCCGUUAGCGAGAUAGUAGACGUUUUGAGUUUCCACAGCUUCCCCUAGAAGAUGUUCAAACUAUUGCUACAGAUAUGUUUCUUAAUCAGUAUAUGUAACGUGGUGUAUAAUAGGGUGAUAAUUAGAAGAAGUACUGAUAGUUCCAUCAAAGGAUAUCUGACUGAGAGGAUUUGUUGGUGGAACGAAAUUUGUAAAGAAGAAUUCAGAAGUCAGUUUAGAUGUAAAUGUCCGGAAUGGUCAUAUUGCAGAGCUCCAGGAAAGUAUUAUAACGCUUUUUGUACCAUGACAACAACUGGAUAUAUUUGGAAACAGCCUGGAUGGAGAGAGGCAGCAGAAACACAAACCUAGAUGGAAUGCCUAUCUCACACAUAUUACAAGAUUUAUUGAAAACUAUGGUUUUUAUUUCCAAUUUGUAUUUAUUUCCAUUAAUCCAUUGUAUGGGCUUUCAUAAUAUUGACAAUUAUCGGUUUCAGUGAAAUUUUUAAAAAAACUUUAAUUAGAUAAAAAGGUGGAAAAGAUUCAGGAAGCGCUUCUGUAACAAUGUGAUAUAAAAGUGAAAGCAGUCAAGAAAUAAUUCGAAACAAACGGUAAUAACUCACUGGGUGUUUUCCAAUAUAAACCAUUUUUUCUCAUUUGCAGCAUACUUUCGUUUUUAGAUUUUGUGAAUUCACUUUUCAAUCAUUUUCCAAUGAUAUAACAAAGGAAAAGUUGCGAUUUGAGGUUAUUUUUUUCACAUAGUGUAUUAUGGAAAAUAUAUUCUACGUACUAUUUCAUAUAUUCUGGUUAUCUUUCGACUGAAAGUUGUAGUUCAGAGCUUCAAUAUCACACUUAAAGUUUACUAGAAAUCCCACUUUAAAAUAUUUGAUGUUGAUAAAGGACACAUGUGAUAUUUCUGCAGGCUGGUUUAUCAAUUAAUUUGUUAAUCGUUUUUUGAAUGUACUAAAUAAUAAAUAUUAUUAAAAACUGAAA